AUGGAGUCUACGACAUACACCGAAAGAGUAGAAUCCGUUGACGUUGAUGAAACAAAUAAACCUGUGUUUGUUGAUCGACGGCAAUUACUCGUAUGGCGCAUAUUUCAUGGGACACACUUUUUGUUAGCUGGUCUUUGUUUCAUUGCUGGAUCAUGUAUGUAUUUUACAACUGUCUAUGGACCAUAUCCAAAAGCAUUAGUAGCAGGUGGCUGGCUGUUUACUAUAGGCUCUCUAUUUUUUCUAUUGGCCGAUCUGCAAGAAUGGGCUCACUAUCUGCAUAGCUACUGGUUUUGUUGUUUCCAUCGUGAAGAAUACGAAAUUUCAAAUUCCGAUGUAUUUCGACAUACACGAUCUUCACCACUUGGCCUAUGGGAACGAUCUGAAGUUGGAAUUAAUGUUUUUGCAUCAGUAUGUGGGUCAAUUUGUUAUCUAAUCGGAUCAAUUUUUUUCAUACCAGCAUUAAGCAACUAUUUAAUAGCUGGUGAUUGGUUAUUUAUUGUUGGUUCAGCUCUUAUUUUCUUAUCACAAGGUUGGAAAGUGUUCAGAUUGAGUCGUAUGAAUCCUGAUGACAAAACUGAUCAUAAAUUUCGCUUUGCUAAUAUUUUAAGAGAUGCACCAACUUUUUUUGCGGAUACUUUUACAGGUUUUGGUGGUGUCUUUUAUUUCGUUGGUACAAUACUUUUUCUUCCUCGUUUUAAUUUAUCCGACUUUGAUGAGAACAGAGCAUCGAUACUUUUUGUUGUUGGUGGCUGUUGUUUUACUCUUGGAGGUUUCUUUCUUCAAUAUAUCUACUAUUGUAGUCGUCAUAAGUGA